AUGCGCAUUUAUAAGCCCUUCCCACUCGGUGAUACCGGGAUCACCGAGUUUGUGACGCGCCGAUUAACCGUGAAUUUGGUGAGGAGUCGAUUGAGAGGAUUAAAUCCUCUCAAAGAGGUUGAAUAUUACGUGAGGCUGGCUAAAGACAAGGAAAGCAUCACUUGGAAAUAUAUCAGUCAAACUAAAGGACGAGGUGUGUUUGCAAAAGACCCUAUUACAAAAGGGUCAUUCAUUGUUGAAUACCGUGGUGUUUUAAGCAAGAUAACGCACUCUUUUGAACCAACAACUGAAUACACAUAUAUUUUUAAGCACAAUGGAAAUGAAUACUGCAUUGAUGCAUCAGCAGAGGAUGGAUCGCAUGGAAGGCUACUUAAUGAUGAUACAAAGCCAAAUUCCAAGAUGAAGAAAAUUGUGCUGGAUGGUGUACCUCAUCUUUGUUUAUUCGCUAUUACUGACAUAAAUGAAGGUCAAGAAAUUACUUACGACUACGGAGGAGAUGACUUGCCAUGGCGUUCUAAACGCAGUAUAAAGAAGCUCUUAACUGUGACUACAGAUCAGAGUCAGCUUGUGUCUACUCUCGUACCUUCUACAGAGUGUCUUCAUCAGCCCUUAACUUUCACUACAGAUCAGAGUCAGCUUGUGUCUACUCACGUACCUUUUACAGAGGUUUGUCAAUAUAUUUGUCUCCUGAAUCUUGUCUUGUCUUCAUCAGCCCUUAACUUUCACUACAGAUCAGAGUCAGCUUGUGUCUACUCGCGUACCUUCUACAGAGUGUCUUCAUCAGCCCUUAACUUUGACUACAGAUCAGAGUCAGCUUGUGUCUACUCGCGUACCUUCUACAGAGGGUCUUCAUCAGCACUUAACUUUGACUACAGAUCAGAGUCAGCUUGUGUCUAG